AUGCAGUGGGCCCCACAGUUGGCGUACGUUCGUUUCGGGGCUGAUCGACAAAAGAGACUUGUAUCACGGGCUCUGAAUGAGCAGAACAAUGCACGGCGAUUGCUUGACGAUAUUGGGUGUACAUACGAAGUCCAUACUUUGAGUUAUUGUCGUCGUCGAACGAGUGUCUCUAGACGCGAAGAAGUGCCAGUACCUGCCGGCCUUCUUUCGAAAAACGGACUUGCACUGUGGAUAGCUGCCAGCAGCUUUCAAACAAACCGUGAACGCCUGGGCGCUGAAAUGAAUUCUGGAAUACUCUAUGAAGAGCCGAAUGCCCGGGGACUGGUUCAGCACUCGUCCCAGGAAGUCUCAGGCGACCUUGGUACCAGCCUCACCGCCCAGCAAUAUGGCACUCAUCUCCUGAAGGGAAAAGGAGAAUCAAUGAAGAUGAAGAACCAGCGGAGUGCGACAACGGUUGUUUGA